AUGCUCAUUGGCAAAACCCGCCGACGCCGCCUGCGGAAGACUCGCCGGAAGACGAUGUGUCCAGCCACAGCCGCUGUCUACAGAAGAACUGGAGGACAACGCAUCCAUCCACAAGAGCCGUGCUUCAAUGAAUUGGAAUGCACAGUGUCUGACGACUGCGAUGUAGGGCUCAUGAUGAGAGGACAGACAUACGCUGUCUUCAGAAGAACAGCUGCACGGCACCGCGUCCAGCCUCUGACGACGGCGAUGCAGGAUGAGAGAACAGACCUCCACUGUAGAAGUUGGCAUACUUGGGCCAAACGUUUCGUCCACGUCUGCGGUGGACAUCUUGGAGACUAUGCCAACUGGACGACGGCCUACCAGCCCGGAAAAUCUACCUUCUAUUGA